AUGGCAGAAAACCAAAGUACAAAUGUUCCUCAGUAUGAGCAUAGUGGUGCAAUAGUCUCGUAUGUAGGACUUCCAGAGAAAAAAAUCGAAAAGGAAAGUGCGCUCGUUCCUCACACUAAGAAUGGAACUCAUGUUCCUUUUCAGGGAGAACUUUCUGUUGUCAAGAAAAGCAAAAAACAACUUUUGCUUGAAUUACACUCUCAGGGAGUCAAUUCUUGGAAGCUGCAAUUGAAAGACUUUAGUAAGAUGGGUGAACAAAAUGAGGAAAUGUGGGAGGAUGAAAGAAGAGUGUUUCGAGAACGGAUUGGUGCAUUUAUUUCUCGAAUGCAUUUAAUUUUAGGUGAUAGGACAUUCUCAGAGUGGAAAGGUUCAGUGGUGGACUCUGUGGUUGGAGUUUUCUUAACUCAGAAUGUCUCAGACAAUCUUUCAAGCUCUGCCUUCAUGUCACUUGUUGCAAAAUUUUCCUCUUCAUAUGGAAGUAGUAGCGAGAAUACAACAACUGUCAAAUUUUUAGAAGGUCCACAGCAGCUUUCGGAUAAAAAUAUCGCCAACGAUGAGCCUAGGAGCUUAGCUGAUGAAACAGUAGAAGAACAAGAUUACAUGCUGCCUACAGAUGAGAAAAACAUAGAGAAGAAAAAGAAGAAAGUAAACGGCAUUGAUUGGGAUGCAAUGGCGAAAAGAUAUUGUAAGAAUAUAGAGGGAGAAAAGAAGGAAGGUGAUCAUAAUGAAACUAAUUGGGACCAAAUGAAGAGACAAUACCAUGUUGAUGGACCAAGAAAUAGUCAUCACAAGGAUUCUGUGGAUUGGAAUGCUGUAAGGCUGGCGCAUCCUAGUGAGGUUGCAGACGCAAUCAAAGAGCGCGGCCAGCAUAAUAUCAUCGCAUUACGAAUUCAGCAACUUCUUAAUCGAGUUCUUAAACUACAUGGGAGCCUUGACUUAGAAUGGCUAAGACAUGCUCCUCCUGAGAAAGUAAAGCAAUACCUCUUAGAAUUCCAUGGACUUGGUUUAAAAAGUGUGGAGUGCAUACGACUUCUUGCACUUCAGCAUGUAGCCUUCCCGGUGGAUACAAAUGUUGGUCGAAUAGCCGUUCGUCUAGGGUGGGUUCCUCUUGAGCCAUUACCUGAGGAGCUUCAGAUACAUCUCUUGCAGCAGUUUCCGAUAAUGGAUUCGAUUCAGAAGUAUCUCUGGCCAAGACUACAGACCAUGGACCAACAAACACUAUAUCAACUACAUUAUCAUCUGAUAACCUUUGGAAAGGUUUAUUGCACAAAGAGAAAUCCAAACUGCAAUGCUUGUCCAAUGAGAGGGGAGUGUAGGCACUUCGCUAGUGCAUAUGCAAGUGCAAGGCAUGCCCUGCCAAGGCCGGAAAAGAAAGAAAAAGAAAGCUCAGCAUCUCCAACAGUGGCUGCCAAUGGCCUCGGCCUCUCAACAAACUCAGUACCACCACCGUUACUUCUUGAAAACAAGCAAUAUUCAAAACCAGAUCAAAUUUGUGAACCUAUCAUUGAAGAGCCUUCAUCACCGGAGCCUGAGCGUCCACAAUUAGAAGAAAUUGAUAUUGAAGAUUAUUUUCGUGAGACCGAAGAAGACGACAAUGAUAUUCCUACACUCAAUCUCAGUAAUGGAAUGAGCAGAAUCAGCCAAGAUGAACUUUGUAUGGAUAUGAAGAAGAUAAUAUGUCAAGACAAUGAAGAAUCAAGAGCUAUAGUUGUUUUGCCACCUGAAGUUACUACCUACCCUGUUCCGAAAUUGAAAUCUAUCAGCCGUUUAAGAACAAAGCACCUAGUCUAUGAACUUCCAGAUCCACAUCCUCUUUUAAUAGGGCUAGACAAGCGAGAUUACAAUGAUCCUAGUCCAUACCUUCUUGCCAUAUGGACACCAGAUGAAAUUGUAAACUCGUCUCAGCCAUCUGUAAGCACUAAUUCUCAGCAAGAAAAUGUGGAGACGAUUCCUGGAACAAUUUUGAUACCUUGUCGAACGGCAAAUAAAGGAAGCUUUCCGCUGAAUGGUACAUAUUUUCAAACAAAUGAGGUAUUUGCUGAUCAUGAAUCUAGUCACCAUCCAAUUGAUGUUCCUAGGUCAUGGUUAUGGAACUUAAGUAGGCGAUUGGUUUACUUUGGUACCUCAACUAGUGCAAUUUUUAGAGGCUUGUCAACAGAAGAAAUUCAGCACUGUUUCUGGCGAGGGUCACUUUGUGUGAGAGCAUAUGAUAGAAAAACGGGCUGUCCUAGACCUCUUGCCCCAAGAUUCCACAUGUCAACAGCCCAUGUUGUGAAAGACAAAACCAAAGCCAAAGAGGCAAAAACAAAAACAAUGGAUGAUGAGUAGUGUUUGUAAAUAAAAAGCAUAAACUUGGCUUACUCACACCUAUUAAUCUGAUAUCAUAA